ACAUUACCAACAGCGAACGCUUGUGGGUAGUACGCGACCUUUGUUCGGUAUUACUAUGUCGUAGAAUUAAUAUGUUAAAACAGAAAGCAAUCAAAUACGAAUAUAAAUUUUAUAGUUCGUAAAAAUGUUCGUCUCGAGGAGAGUAUUUUACAUUGGUGUUGUAGGUCCACUUGAUUUUUUUUAUAGUGUACUUCAAGAGAAAUCCGCUUCGCAGUAACAUCGUGCCAAAUAUUUAGGUUUUCUACGGAAAUGAUGACGAAUUAUUUUAAAUGUGAAUGAGACACGAUUUCUAGUAAAACGCCCGUGAACUUUUAUGAAAAAAAAAAUCAUACCCGCAUCGGUCAAUUAGAAUGAUGACGGACAGUCAUUCACCGUCGCAGACACAACAUGAAACUGUCUAAAAAUAAAACGGGAUUCACGGCCGGCGCGCAGAACUCUAGCAAUACGGGAGAAUAUCGGCCAUUCCUCGGAGCGCGCCUCCCAGCGAAACAUUAUUGAUAAAUACCACAGUUCUCUUUGCCGCGUUUCGUUAACUCGUUUUAAUUAUGAGUCUAGAGCGAAGGUCAUUCGGCAGCACCGAUCCACAGGUUACAAAACGUUUAUUCACGAUUAUAGUGCUCUUAGUUGGGUUGCUAUGCAUCUUUGGAGGCUAUUUGCUUGGGAGAAUGGCUCGGACCGAAGUGAAGCGCGCCAACGAAUUAUUAACACACAAUUUGACGGCCGUGGCGGACUCGUUGUACAAAAAAGCCAAAAGGAUCACGCCCAAAGUGAUCCAUCACAACGAUCCAGAGAAAAUACUAGCGAAAUUACUUGACACGUUCAGUUGUAACGAUUGCGGGAAAAUUAAUAAAUAUAAUCUAGAAGAAUACGUUAAAAAUUCUAUUAAUUACCAAAUCGGAAAAUUAAUAAAGGCAGUCAACAACGCUACCGUUUAUCUGGACUCAUUAAGUUGAUAUUCUGUGUUAUUCCUACGUAUUUAAUUAGUCAAUACAUUUAUUGUGAUAAUUAUGUGUGAUUUUGGAUUUAUUAAAAACGAAUUAUUAUAUAACUAAA